AUGGCGAGGAGGUGCCUCUGUCGUCUUCUUGCUAAGAAUUUUGUGCUCUCAGAGAUUUUCGAGCUCAAAGAUCUUCGACGACUAGUGAAGGAUCGACAGGAAUUUUAGACGUCCGGUGGGGAAUGGAGAACGCCGACGUAUUUUUAGGUCUGCAUGACUUUCUUGAGCGUAUGCGUCAACCAUCAGCCUCAGAUUUCGUCAAAUCCAUUAAAAGCUUUAUUGUAUCAUUUUCGAAUAAUGCUCCUGACCCUGAAAGGGACAGUGCCUCUGUACAAGAAUUCUUUGCCAAAAUGGAGGGAGCUUUCAGAGCUCAUCCACUUUGGUCUGGAUGCUCAGAAGAAGAGCUGGAAAGUGCUGGUGAGGGCUUGGAGAAGUAUGUCAUGACCAAGUUAUAUUCUCGUGUAUAUGCUUCGCUUGCAGAUGAUGUAAAAAUUGACGAACAACUUUCUGAUAAGAUGGCAUUGAUUCAGCAGUUCAUUAGGCCAGAAAAUCUGGAUAUCAAACCAAAUUUCCAGAACGAAUCAUCAUGGUUGCUUGCUCAGAAGGAACUCUUGAAGAUUAACAUGUACAAAGCUCCAAGAGACAAGCUUGUGUGUCUCCUUGGCUGUUGUAAGGUCAUCAGUAACCUGCUACUUAAUGCUUCUAUUGCUUCAAAUGAGAAUCCUCCAGGGGCUGAUGAGUUCCUUCCCGUCCUUAUUUAUGUUAUCAUAAAGGCAAACCCUCCACAACUGCACUCAAAUUUAUUAUAUAUACAACGGUACAGGGGACAAUCCCGAUUAACUGGAGAAGCAGCAUAUUUUUUCACAAACAUACUCUCAGCCGAGUCCUUUAUCUCAAACAUUGACGCAAAUGCCCUCUCAAUGGAAGAAACCGAGUUUGAAAAAAACAUGGAAUCUGCUCGAGCACUCCUAUCUGGGCUAUCUACUGAUGUUGAAUCUUCUUCUAAUAAAAGUAACUUGGAUGAACGAGUUGCCCGCAAUUCAGAACUUGUUGAAACCAGUUCUCAAGCUUCAAAUUCUGGAACAGAACCUGCAGUUAGACCCAACUCCCCAGAAUCAAAGCCAAGCACUGAGGGACCACAUGUCAAAUACCAGUCAACAGUAACGGAAGUUUCAACACUCUCAGAUUUGGAGAACAAGGGUGCAGCUAUGCUUUUAAAUGAUCACACAAGGAAGCAAGCCUUCCGAGAUUAUCCAUAUUUGUUUGCCCAAGUUGGGGAUCUUACAUUUAAUGACGUAGAAGAGCUACUCAAUCAAUACCAACAUCUAGUUUUCAAGUAUGUUUCCCUUUCUAAAGGACUGAGUCUCAGAUCUUCAUCCCCAUCUUCGUCAAAUUCUGAAAUGCAUUCCCACCUCAAUCCUGAAUCUUUCAAAGAACCUGAAGAUGUUAGAGACGUAACAUCAAAUGAUGAGUCUGCUGGAGAGACACAUACUAUGAUUGAUGGCCCAGAUGGAACCUCACCGUUUGGAGAAGAAAACGUUGGAUCAGGGUUAAUGCAAGACAAGGUAGUACUACCUCAGCAUGAAGUAAACGACACGACAUCCCUAUCCUAGCACUGUCAACAACUUUUGUGGGGACCAAUCGUCAAAUGUUUUCAGUCUGGUUAUCUUGAUUUAUUCCUCAAAUUUCUGUCCAUCUGCAAUGAGCAAUUGUCAUGUUUAGGAUCUGAUCUCAGGCCGAUGAUGGGCAUGGCAACGAAGAACAACAAUGGAGAUUUAGCCUUGAUUUUGGAUCUGGAAAGGUGACAGGAAAUGAAAUCCCCCAAGAAACAAACUAAUGGCUGCCGGAGUAACAAAUUUUCUUCCAAGCUUGCAUCCACAAGUAUGUUUUUUCUACUUUUCCUCCAUUUGUAACAUUGUAGCAAUUUCAUUCAGGAGCAUACUGAUGAAUUAUAAGACUAAAGUUUAUAUCAAUAUACGUUGAGAAUCUACAAUUCUUAUGCAAUUGGACAUUUUUUUGGACAUAAUGCUAGACAAAUCUCUAAUUCUCAUGCGUGGAUAUAACUUUCACUCAAGAAUCGAGGAAUUGACAGCUGAGUAGAACUUGGAGACACGAGACAGAGCAUGAGUAUAAAGGUUAGUCUCAUGGUAGUGAUAUUUUUGAAAUAGCUUUUGCUAAUUAGUAAGGUGUAGAAAUUCUAUUUGAUUUGAUACACGAAAAUUAUUAUAAAUAGAUGGCGGAUUCCUAGUCAGAGCCUUUGUUACA